CCACCACCUUCUUUUACCUUACCUUGGCACUUUAGAGCAACUUGAUCCUAGGUGCUUACUUCCUUAGGUGUAGCCACUCGGUCGCUCCCGCGCUCCUUCCGCUGUCUUAGCUUGCGAUUUCAACUUUUUGGGGCAGUUGCUUUCCCGUCCACCGUCAUCUCGUCCCUGCCUCUUUUCAAGUACCGCCUUAUGCCAAUCUGAGCUGCAGCUGCAACUUCUGGCCGGCAACACACCCCGCCAACUUGGUGACGAACUUCACUUCUACUACUCCUCUUCGUCGUCGUCUUCCUCCACUACUAUUGGCAUUGUUGUGAUUGCUUUGUCCUCUGCAUUUCCACCUCGGAAGAAAUCCCUUGCGAAUAUGAGCGGCUCCGAUGCCAUCGACCGGCGAUUUGCCGACGUCCUAGACAAAGCUCAGAAACAGUAUGCCGAUUCUCAGGGGAUUGAUCUCACGGCUUACAUGAGCCCGCCUAUCAAGUCCACCGAGGACCUCAUGGGACUCAUUGCCGACGAGAACAAAAAGUUCGAAAUGUUUCGAGACAAGCGCAAAUACAUAUUCGACCACCUAGCGGCCGCUUGCAAACCCCUCGAGAUUGCCGGCGAAGCAUUAGCAGGGGCGGCCGAAAGUGUUUUUCCACCAGGUCAGACCAUCUUCGCAGUCGUCGCUUACCUUAUCAAUACCGCCAAUGGUAUUAGGGAAAAUUACGAUGUCAUCAUUGUUUUAUUUGAACAAGUGAAGGACUUCACUAUUAGAUUCAGAUUCUACGUCUCCGAAAAGAUGUCAUCCGAACUCCAGGACAAGCUCGUCGAGGUUCUCGUCACCGUCUUUGAAAUUUUCGUCAUCGCCACACACGAGGCAAAGAUGGGCCGCCUCAAGCGCUUUUUGAAGGAUUUGUUCGGCAAGGGAAGCAAGGUAUCCGAUGCCAUGACGAAGUUGGCUUCCCUCACCGAGAGCGAAGAGCGCCUGGUCAUCGCAGAAACCAGUGCCGGCGUCAAGCGGUCCCUUUCAAAUGAGCAGAAGCUCCUAGAAAUGAUGUCAAGAGUCGAUGUCAACGUCCAGACCCUGCGCAACGAGACCCGCGUGCCCCAAACGAGAGAGCAAGCUCUUUCUUCCAAUAGAGACAAACUCAAGAAGAUUCUCCAACCCUCCGUUUACCCCGUGGAUACCUAUACUGCUCUAGACAGGACGCGCACCGCUGGCACCUGCGAAUGGAUUCUGCAAGACCCUGCUCUCCAGGCUUGGAUAGCUGGCGAUGUUCGUUUCCUCUGGAUUUCUGGAAAUCCCGGCACAGGAAAGUCAUACCUGACAUCUCGUAUGGUGUCGUGGGGCCGAGAUCUGCUCGACGAACAGCAAACCACCAGCAUGAUGGGUUACUUCUUCUUCCGCCAGAAUAAUCCAGAAUCUAGAUCCGUGGUCCAAGCUAUCAAAGACAUGGCAUACCAAAUCAGUGAGCAAGAUGUCUUUUACGGCAAACAGCUCGUCCAAAACAUCUCUUCUAGUGACGAGAUCAAGACUGUCUCAAGCGCCUUCCGUAAAUUACUCGAAGACCCCUGCAAGCCAGACAAAUGGAAGAGACACAUCUAUCUCCUUGUGGACGGCCUAGAUGAAGCCGAGCCGAGAGAGGUCACAGAGUUCUUAUCGUUGCUGAACGGCCUGAACAAGCAACAAGCGACAGGAACAAGAGUGCAGAUUGCUUUGGUUGGACGGAAUACUCUCACAGAGGAGGUUCAAGAAUCGAUGGGAGAUGAAUCUAUCAGCCGAUCGCUUCUUGUCACACCCGACCGGAACGGGGCCGACAUUGAGUCGUACAUCAAGGACGGAAUAUAUCAUCAUUCUCGCAUUCUUCGAAGCUCCACACAAAGAGAAAAGAACAGAAUCAUCGAUGCCAUGAUCAAACAAGUCGACGGUCUUUUCAUUCUGGCCAAGUUCAUGUUGACUGAAAUCAACAGAAACAGACACCUGACGGACAUUGCCAACAGCUUGAAGACCUACCCCAAGGAGAUGAAUGGCAUGUUGACAAAGACCGUACUAGAUUUCAGCACAUCCUUUACCCAAAGAGAUGCAGACGAUCUGAACGAAAUCUUGCGCUUAGUCUCGGUUGCUGAGAUGGGCCUGACUCUCCAGCAAAUCGAGUCUUUUCUGGCCCUUAAGAUGGGAGACGCCCCGCUGGACCUUGAAGGAUUGCUGAGAGGCAAGCUCUCCUGCUUCUUCACGCUCGAGCGGGAAGAUGGGCUCUCGACAGCUGAUCUCAUUGAAAAGCACGAAAGAAACCCCCGUUUCGAUUCCUCGGACACUGAUAUAUUCAGGGAGAUUCAGUAUGAUUCAAAAAAGAGCACAACCUAUGUCAACUUUUUCCAUGAUUCCGUCAAGGAGUUCUUCCGAGGAGACUCGUCAACGAAUCUCAAGGCACCUGGCGCGCAGUGCCCCUCCAUUGGGUUCCAUCUUGCCGACGCGAGACUGCACGUUCUCAAAACCUGUUUGCGGAUCUUCACUGACCCAGCAUACUUUACUCUGGGCAAGGAUGGACUCUCUGCGCAAAGAUACGCUGCCUGGUACUGGCAAGAGCACUUGGACGACGUCGAUAUCACCACCAUCUCUAAAUCUGAGAAGGCCGACAUCGGCAAACACCUCCUCAUCAUGAUGACCGACCCGGAUAUCCUUCUUACCUGGACGAACCUGUUUGAGGAAAGUCUCGACAUCUGGACUGACAGGAACAUCGAGACUGUUUCUCAGUGGCUGAGAGAUGCCGAUGUCAUAAGCUCUCUGACUCCGGAGCAGAAGGAGUGGACCAAGUCGGCGACAGCAAGCCCUGCAAAACUGCUUGAACCUAUGGGGAGGACGUUCGCCAAGGCUUGGCUUGGCGAAGGCUCUCGAGUGUACAUGACGACGUUGUUCUGUUUCGGUGUCGUCCAGUCACUGCCGCUGCUGGAGGGGGGCGGCAAAUGGUCCGAUUCCGAAUAUCACUGGCAGGAUGUGUCGCUGGAAACGAGGAUCCAGCAAGCCGCCGACUGGGCGAAUCAGCCUAAAACGGGACAUUGGCUACGGAGAAUCGGCAGUACUCUUUUGAACUUGGGAGAGCACACCAAAGCACUGGAAUACUUCAAGAACGCUUUCGAUAAGGAUGGUAACAAGGCAGAAAGCUUUGGCCGAAUGGGAUUGUGUUACGGCCUGAAUGGCAACUACGAAGAGGCCCUGAGACUACAUCGUGAAUGCGAGUCGUUGGAGGAGAUGCGCAUGGCUGAGGGUCUCUACAAAACCGACCAGGAGGUCAAGGGCGCCAAAUGGAGACUCUACAGAAACCAGGCUCAGAUGGCAGAGUGCUACAACCACAUGGGCCGCAUCGACGAAUCGAUCGAGUAUUGCCGCAAGGCUAUGGACGUCUAUGACGCCCCUGACUUUGAACCCCAAAUCGCCUAUAUCAAGGUCCUCACCGAGAACAACCGUCUUCCAGAGUUGAUGAAGCUCUCUGACGAAAUGGAUGGCCGGUUUUCGGAUGCGGAUAGAGGAAACUCUCGCUUCGUACAAUUCCUCUUGACUCAGAUCCCUGAUCCAUCCAUCAAGGACUGGUUUCCACAGGCGGCGGCUCGCGCAGAUCCAAGGAGGACGGAUGACUUGGCAGAACGCUACCGUAGUGCCAUCCAAUCCGCGCAAGACGACCAAGAUUUUUGGAAACAAUUCUAUCUGCAGAACGCACUCGGCAACAUCUUUCUGGCGGCGCAGGAUUACACUACUCUCAUCCCUAUUCAUGAAAGGAUCUGCUUCCACGAUUACAAAGCAAAAGGAAGUCUGCCUGUCCGGAUCGAGUACAUUGCUUCAUUCAAGCAGCUUACCAGAGCAUACUUCAUCAAAGCGCUGGAGGCUGACCAGACAUUGGUAUCCGAAGCCAGUGGUCUAUGGGUCAAAAAGCUGGAGAAGCUCAUGCAGCAGCAGGAAAAGUACCAGAACAAGAAUGUCCCGCUCCACAUGGCUGGUUUCGACUUCAAUGAGCCGUCCAUCUCCCUGAUAGUGCUAUACCGUCUGCGCAACAGAGACACAGAAUUACGGCAACUCGUCCACGGUCUUGUCUCUGAAUGUCUCAAACUCUUAGAGGACGAGGAGCCUCAGAAUGACGAGAUCAGCAUCCGCCACCUUCAACGGUGUCUGCUUGCCGCCGGAGACGAAGACAAUGCCAAAGCGUUAUGGCAGUCGACAAGAACCCCGUCGCUGUCUGCUACUACAUCCGGUCACUUGAAGGCUGACCGAAGACGAUCGAGCUCGCCCAAGAUCGGCGGGCUGUCACCUAGGAUGUCACUUUCACCCAACAGACGGAGCAAGCAGAUAUUCCUCACGAAGAUCUUCUCAGAAGGCAAUGAUGUAUCUUGCGACCACUGCCUCAAGAAAUUUGAGCCGUCGGAAACGUUUGCAGUGUGUCGGUACUGCGUCGACUUGAAGUUUUGCAUGCCCUGCUUAGACGUCGUCAAGAGUCAGAAGUUUGAGCCAGGUCACAAUUCGGUGUGCAAGCCCAGCCACGACUGGCUCAUGGUGCCACCCUUGACAGUCAACCUUCAGGCUAAUGAGAUUCUGGUUGAUGGUCAGGUGCGCAAGCUAGAGGAGUGGAAGGCAGGGCUACGGCAAGAGUGGGUACAAACCAAGCAGGCCAAGGCAGCAAAGGGGCUUGGAAUAAUGUAAAUGCAGACCAUGGAGACGUGGCUGAAUGUUGCGUGGG